UGGCUAUCGGCGGGUGCCACUCGGGGCGGUGGCGGCCAAGGAGGCGGUGAGGCGAUCGGAGCCGGUCUUCUGCUGCGCGGCGGUGGCGGCGGCGACACCAUGUACGGCUUCGUCAAUCACGCCUUGGAGCUGCUCGUCAUCCGCAACUACGGCCCCGCCGUCUGGGAGGACAUCAAGAAGGAGGCACAGCUGGAUGAAGAAGGACAGUUUCUGGUUAGAAUAAUUUAUGAUGAUUCCAAAACCUAUGAUCUGGUUGCAGCUGCAAGCAAGGUUCUUAAUCUGAAUGCUGGGGAAAUUCUUCAGAUGUUUGGGAAGAUGUUUUUUGUGUUUUGUCAAGAGUCUGGUUAUGAUACAAUUCUACGUGUCUUGGGCUCAAAUGUCAGAGAGUUUUUGCAGAAUCUGGAUGCGUUGCAUGACCACCUUGCUACUAUUUACCCGGGUAUGCGAGCCCCUUCCUUCAGAUGCACUGAUGCAGAGAAAGGGAAGGGACUCAUUCUACAUUACUAUUCAGAAAGAGAAGGUCUCCAGGAUAUUGUCAUUGGAAUCAUCAAAACAGUAGCUCAACAGAUCCAUGGUACAGAAAUAGAUAUGAAGGUUAUUCAACAGAGAAAUGAAGAAUGUGACCACAUUCAGUUUUUAAUUGAAGAGAAAGAAUCUAAAGAAGAGGACUACUAUGAAGACCUUGACAGAUUUGAAGAAAAUGGUACCCAGGAGUCUCGCAUCAGUCCCUAUACUUUCUGCAAGGCCUUUCCUUUCCACAUAAUAUUUGACAGAGAUCUGGUGGUCACACAGUGUGGCAAUGCUAUAUACAGAGUACUUCCACAGCUCCAGCCAGGAAACUGCAGUUUGUUGUCAGUGUUUUCUUUAGUGCGACCUCAUAUUGAUAUUAGUUUCCAUGGGAUCCUUUCACAUAUCAAUACAGUCUUUGUAUUGAGGACCAAGGAGGGGCUGUUGGAUGUGGAAAAGCUGGAGUGUGAAGAUGAACUGACUGGCACAGAAAUCAGCUGCUUACGUCUGAAAGGGCAAAUGAUCUACUUGCCUGAAGCAGACAGCAUUCUCUUUCUUUGUUCACCAAGUGUAAUGAACUUGGAUGAUUUAACCAGAAGAGGUUUGUAUCUGAGUGAUAUUCCACUGCAUGAUGCUACUCGUGAUCUGGUUCUUUUGGGAGAGCAGUUCAGAGAGGAAUAUAAACUGACUCAAGAGCUUGAGAUCCUCACUGACAGAUUGCAGCACACACUGCGUGCACUGGAAGAUGAAAAGAAAAAAACUGACACAUUACUGUACUCUGUCCUACCACCAUCAGUGGCAAAUGAGCUGAGACAUAAGCGUCCUGUUCCAGCUAAGCGGUAUGACAAUGUGACCAUUCUUUUCAGUGGAAUUGUUGGAUUCAAUGCCUUCUGUAGCAAACAUGCCUCUGGAGAGGGAGCUAUGAAGAUUGUUAAUCUUUUAAAUGAUCUUUACACAAGAUUUGAUAUUCUGACCGAUUCACGAAGGAAUCCAUUUGUUUAUAAGGUGGAAACAGUUGGGGACAAGUAUAUGACAGUGAGUGGCCUACCAGAGCCUUGCAUUCAUCAUGCCAGAUCCAUCUGCCACCUAGCAUUGGAUAUGAUGGAAAUAGCGGGGCAAGUUCAAGUAGAUGGUGAGCCUGUGCAGAUAACCAUAGGAAUUCAUACUGGCGAGGUAGUCACAGGUGUGAUAGGCCAAAGGAUGCCACGUUACUGCCUCUUUGGAAAUACUGUCAAUCUGACAAGCAGAACAGAAACUACUGGAGAAAAGGGAAAAAUCAAUGUCUCUGAAUAUACUUACAGGUGUCUUAUGACACCGGAAAAUUCAGAUCCUCAAUUCCACCUGGAGUACAGGGGUCCAGUUUCUAUGAAGGGUAAAAAAGAACCAAUGCAGGUUUGGUUUUUGUCCAGAAAGAAUACAGAGACAGAGGAAACAAAGCAAGAUGCUUUCUGAGCUGAGGGAAGAGGAAGAGGACGUUGGAUAGGGCAGGCAGUAAGGUUGAAUGUUAUUUCACAUCCUGUAUCUCCCAUUGUCAUGUGAAAUACCAUUGCCUUUUUCCCUACUCUUGAAAUCAUACUCAGCGUUUUUCUCCAGGCUUGCUUGCUAUUUUUGUUUUCCUUAGCACUUGGUACUGUUAUGUCUGCUGUAAGCAUGUUCUUCAAUCUUUUGGUUUUUGCUAUGCAUUUUUGCACAUCAGUCAUGUGUCCCUUCCUUCCACCACGUAAUCUUAACUAAAAUUUUGUAUUAUGCACGCCAUAACUGAUCACUUCAAUCUGAUGCUUCACUCCUUCAUCUUCAUCUCUCAAUUGUAGUGGUUACGUGAAUCAGUGAUAUUUAUGGAAAGACAGCUAUUUCAGUAGUUGGGAAGAACAAUGAGCCUGAAGAAUUGUUUAAAAAAAUAUACCUAAAGCAGCAUUAUUAAAAUAAUUGUAUAAAUGUUGUUUAUUGAUUUAGUUCUGUUGUUACUGUACUUCCCAUUCAGAUUGUGAAUAACAUGUGAUGCACUGUAAAUUCCUGGUUAGAAAAGGAUUCCUCUUUUGAUAUCGUCCUGCAUUUUCCCUUUGUAGACACUACUAUGUAAACAUUUUCUAUAGUGAAAGAGAGCAAUCAUUUGUCUGAUACUGCCAUUUGAAGCAUGUGCCAAUGUACUUCUGCUGAAAUGCUGUUCACUUGCAGUGUAUUUCUUACUGGUUUGUAUUAACUAAAUCAAUGUGUCAUAUUAAUAAUAGAUUGCUGGACAAUUUUAGACAACUUGUAGUGCUUUGACUCUUUUUUAAUGGAGCCUUUAGAACUAAAAGGCAUGCUGCUGAGACUUUGUUGUGAUUGCCUUUGGUUUGAUCUCUGAUUUUCAUGAAUGAUCUUAUUCUAAUUCCUUGGGAGGACCUGGUGAUGUUCUAGGCAUCAUGGCAUAAUCAAGAGAUGUGAAGCUGGUAAGGGGACACAGUGUCUUUUAUCAGCUUAUACAGUCAAAGUGAACAAGGUUUCAGAUGCAUAGACCUUCCAUAGCUUCAACAUACAGUGCAUUUUUAUGUGAAUAAUAUCUGUUCUUAUCUGAAUAUUUGUAUUAUUAAAUAGGAUAGUGCAAUUACUUCAUGUAUAAAAAAAGUCUAUAUCUGUUAUACCUUAUCAGCACAGAAUAUAUAUGUAUAAAUGUUUCAUGUUAAUGUGCAGAAGAAAUUGCAAUAAAUUAUUUUUUCCACUGA